UUUACGAGAAUAAAUACAACUUCCUGUUUCUGGAUGACGUCACGACAGAGUGAAUGUGCGAGUGAAUGAAAAGGUCUCUGAUUCAGCUUCACUCGGUCAUCGGUGAAGAAGAAUGACCUCUAUGGAAACAAAAAUGGAAACAUGUAGUUCCAUUGACGAUAGAUCUGAUCGCAAACUGGAUACCGAAACCCAAAUCAAGUCUUUACAGCCCGCCCCUCAGAAGAAUUCCGAGCAGUACCUGAAAGAUAGAGACAGUUGUACCAAAUAUUUUGACAAUUGGACAGAAUAUGACCAGAUCACAUUUGUGGAACAUUUGUUAUCACGCAUGUGUCAUUAUCAACAUGGACAAAUUAACAGUUAUUUAAAACCCAUGUUACAGAGGGAUUUCAUCUCAGCUCUCCCAGCGAAGGGUCUUGACCACAUAGCAGAGAACAUUCUGUCGUACUUGGAUGCCAAGUCUCUGUGUGCAGCGGAGGGCGUGUGUAAGGAAUGGUACCGUGUGAUCUCCGAGGGCAUGCUGUGGAAGAAACUCAUAGAGAGGAUGGUACGGACAGACACACUGUGGAGAGGGCUAGCAGAGAGGAGGGGAUGGGGAGUGUAUUUAUUCAAAGGAAAAGCUGGGGACACCCCUACAGACCACAAGUUUUACAGAAAUUUAUAUCCACAGAUUAUUGAAGAUAUAGAGAGGAUAGAGACCAACUGGCGGACGGGGCGCCACACCCUCCAGAGGAUUCACUGUAGAAGUGAGACCAGUAAAGGGGUCUACUGUCUGCAGUACGACGAGACCCGCAUCAUCAGCGGACUGAGGGACAACACAAUCAAAGUCUGGAAGUCCAAAAUGAUGUGGGAUCGUAACACUUUAGAAUGUGUUCAAGUUUUAACUGGUCAUACUGGCUCAGUUCUUUGUUUACAGUAUGACGAUAACAUUAUUAUAUCAGGGUCCAGUGAUUCCACAGUCAGAGUGUGGGAUGUACAUACGGGGGAAAUGUUAAACACUUUGAUCCACCACUGUGAAGCUGUGCUACACUUGAGAUUCUGUGAUGGCAUUAUGGUGACUUGUUCCAAAGAUCGAAGUAUAGCUGUAUGGGACAUGCAGUCGCCGACAGAAAUCAAUCUGCGGCGAGUGUUAGUGGGACACCGAGCUGCCGUCAACGUCGUGGACUUUGAUGAGAAAUACAUUGUAUCGGCAUCAGGAGAUAGGACGAUCAAGGUAUGGAGUACAUCGACUUGUGAAUUUGUACGCACAUUAAAUGGACACAAGCGUGGCAUUGCAUGUCUCCAGUACAGAGAUUGUUUAGUCGUCAGUGGCAGCUCAGACAAUACUAUCAGGUUGUGGGACAUAGAAAGUGGGGCAUGUCUGCGUACAUUAGAAGGGCAUGAGGAACUGGUACGAUGUAUCAGAUUUGACAACAAACAUAUUGUUAGCGGAGCUUAUGAUGGUAAAAUAAAGGUAUGGGACCUAGCAGCUGCCCUGGACCCCAGAGCCCCUGCUGGAAGUUUAUGCUUAAGGACUUUAGUGGAACACUCUGGUCGAGUUUUCCGCCUACAGUUUGACGAGUUUCAGAUUGUGAGUAGUUCUCAUGAUGAUACCAUUCUCAUUUGGGACUUCUUAAAUGUGCCAAUAGAAACUACAUCAACGUCCAAUAACCGCUCCCCCACGCGGACCUACACUUAUGUGAACAAUUGAUCUCAGAGGGCCAUAUCUUACCCUCAUUGUGAGUGUGUGUGUUGAACGUUAAGGAGGGGGAAAAGGAGACCCCCUGCAUUCCAGCACCCCCCUCCACAGUGAAUGUUCAUUGUGUGUCAUCUCUCAAUGUGUAUGCUGUUUCAACUAGACGAUUAUCUCCCUCUCUUGUCUCACAGAAAGAAUCAACAGAAAACAGUGGAGCAGCUCAUUUUCCAUUGUUGUCAACUUUUUUUUUUUGAUCUGUUCUGUUAAGUUUUUGAUUUUUUUUUUAAAUUCAGCAAUACUAAUUUUGAUUUACAAGGAAAAAAUGUAAGAGCUAAAUCUGUCAAAUAUCUAUGUAUGAUUUUGGUUUGUAGUUUGUGUUGUAAUGUAUGUGCUCAGCUUUCCUUUUCAAUUGUUUUAAACAGACAGCUGAGCAACUUCUAGUAAAUAAUUUUUGAAUCCGGACCAAUGUAGCUUUUAGAUAUAAUGAGGAUUUAAUCAGCAGCUUUAUUAUUGUCAGAAGUAAAUGCAAACAAUUUAUCAUUUUACCUUAGUGCAGAGUUACAGCUUCUUCUUUUGAAUUUUGAAUGAAAGGAUGGCUUAAAUGUUCAGAAUUAUGACUGAAGUAUCUGUUCAGAUAGAUUCUCAGUAAAUGUAAUAUCAACUACAAUGACUGGUACAUUUCCAUAUUUCAGAAUAAGACAUUUGAAUCUCAGAGUUGUAACGGUUGGUGGUGCUAGUGUAGCCAUGAAGUGGUUUUAUGUGUAACAAAGCAAAAAAAAAAAACCUCUACCGGUAUUCCUUUGUAGAUUAUGCAUACUUUAUGUACACUACAAUUAAGGAAAGCACAGGUAUCGGUGCAUUUGUUGACUAAAAAUUUUCUUGUUUAUAAGGAAUUUUUAUCAUGGAACUUUUGUGUAGGGGUUUACUUUUAAAUUGAUCAAGUGAUUAAAAUUAAGAAGUGCUAAAGCACAAGAGGUCUAUCUUAGAGCGGAGAUGUUUGUUUACUGUAUGUCCAGGAGAAAAAUGUAUGUAUACUAUAUAUGUGUUCUGCAGACCAGCGUGUAUGUACUACAGAUCAGUGCAUGUGUACUUAGCAUAUAUAUUGUGUACUACAUUUGUAUUGUAAAUGUAGUACAUGUACAAAUUAGUGUAUAUGUAUUACAUAUAGUAUAUGUAUUACAUAUACACAGCAAAAUUAGUGUUUUUAUGUACUGCAUAUUUUGUAUAUGUAUGUGCACUGCAGAUUUGUUUAUAUGUGCUAUAGAUUUACUGAGAAUUAGAAUAUGAGUACUUCAUGUACAGAAUCUUGGGUGUAUGUACUACAGGUACACUGAAAUCAGUGAGUACUACUAGUACAUUGGAGACCAGUGUGUGAGUACUACUAGUACAUUGGAGACCAGUGUACGACUAGCUACUAGUGCGCUGUACCUCAGUGUCCGAGUUGUGAAGUCUGGGAGUUGUGUGUACAGAGAGUUUAUGCAGUGCUGUGUGUGCCUAACUGUAAAUACCUUUGCAAUAUGCCUAAUGAUUGUGAUGUACUAUUUAUUCUUAAAUAUAAAGGGGAUUCAUCAGAUAUACAUUUUUUUCUGUUGUAUCAAUUGAGUGAAGAUUAACUAUAAAAGAAUUAAAUUUUAUAAAAUUUAUGAAAAUACAAAGUAAGCUUUCUAAAAUAUGUGUUAUUAUCAUGUGAUUUAACAGCAAAAUUGUACGGUUAUUUAUCAGUGGUUUUUCUCUAAUGUUCCUCAUAUGUGAAAACAAUAAAAUUGUUUACUUAUUGUUA